AUGGAUCCGAAUACUUGCGAUCCGCAAAUGAUACAAAAAGCUUUGGAUUCACUUGCCGACACACACAUCGAGACACUUGCGCUGAAGAUGGUUAGCAUGCCAGAAGAGCAUUACUGUGGCCGUGGUUUGAACUUAGCACAGUUGUUUCAGCUCCCAACGGUGAAAAAACUGGCUUUUGCCAUCGAUGACGGAUUUCCAUUCGAUUUCUCCAAUAAUGUAAUGAAACCUUCGAACAUCGAAUGUUUCACUUUUGCGAAUCCGGAAAUUAAUUUUGGUUACUUCAGUUUUCUAUUACGAUCGAUGCCGAAUCUGAGACAUCUCUAUGUUCGGUUGACUUCUAGAAAAUAUGAUUCCCAACAGAACCGAGAUGUCAAUCUAGAUAGACCAUUUCCAUUGAUGUUCAUGAUGAAGACUUGUAUUGUUCAUGUCGACGAUGGAAAACCGAUCGAUUUCGAUCUUCUGGCAUAUCACCUCAAAGCAAUGCCUGAUUUACUUCAACUAGAAGUCACUGCACCUCAUAGACUUUUCAAUGCACAAAAUUGGGAAGAUCUAAUCAUAUCAUCACUGAAGAAUCUCGUUCAUCUACGUCUCUAUGCUACGAUCCAUUAUCGAAAUCCGGAAACUAUUGUACAAAUCACAAAUGCAUUCAAAACUUCAUUUUGGAUCAAGAAGACGAAUUUUUCCUUCAUACUGAUGCAACUGGCCCAGCAUAAGAAAGUCAGAGAGCAGAGUGAAACAAUUGAACGUUUGGGUCGAGCCAGUUUCAAUAUCUAUGUUUUAGAAUUCUGGACAGGAGCCGUAAGAAGCGAUACGUUCCUGCAAAAUCCGAUGGUCUUUGCGGGAGAAUGGGGCAAUCAAAUUCAUGAGAGGAAAGACGAUUAUUUUUACUAUAGUGAACAUAUUGGUUGUCAGAAUAUGGAUCAGCCUAUGGCCGAUUGGUUCAAAGGGCAUGUGAACUGUUUGAAAAUUAAACAUUUCGAAGGGCGACACUUUUGUAAAGGAACAGAACUAUCGAUCUUUCCUAAUCUUCGAACUGUUCGAUUACCACCAAAGGCAUUGACUGCUCUAAUCAAAGAUAUAUCUCAAGUUUUUCUUACUGUUCAGUAUCUCGAUCUUCGUGACGAAAUAGACCUAUUCCAUUCUGAAUGCGUCGAUCAAAUACGAACAUUAUUUCCGAAUGUCGAACAUCUUGUGUUCAAUACAGAGUCGUUAGACUGCGUUCCAAACUUAGCUUGUUUUUUACCACGACUUCGUUCUUUGACUUGUAUGGUGUAUGAUCAAGACCCCAAUUUGGACCUCGACUCAAUAAGAUACGAUUUGUGCAUGUGGUCACGCAGACUGCAAGAAAAGUGUGGUUUAUUCUUUUGUCGUGAAGAAGCUUUUUUGAUUAUCUGGCUUGACAAGGCUUCAAUCGAAAAUACUCAAUGGUCUACUAUCCAUAUAAAACCCACGCCUGAAAAGGAACAACAGCGUCCUGUUGCCUUAUUCGAUGCCUCCAAUCGUGAAGACGAUGAAAAUGAUUACUAUGGUCGUCAACAUCGCCCACUUCGAUCCCAUCUGAAUGAUUCCUUUCUUGACAAGAAUCCAUCUAAAAAUAAAAAGACGUUUAACGAUACUUUUCCAAAUUCAACGACGUUACGUGAAAAUUUGCGCAAUCGCUUUCGUUAUUUUCUUCGAUUUUUCAGAAAUACGGCAGCUUUUUCACGAAUUUUCAAGUGUUAG